UUUCAGUUGUGUUGAAGUGCUUGUGUACUAUUCAGUUGUAUUAAACAUGUCGCUGUUUUCAAAAAUUUUUAUUUUGAUUUCAUUAUUAAUGUUGUUAAAUAUAAUAGAACUUGCAAGUACUGAGCAGAAAUAUUCAUUAGAAACCAGAUAUAUUGAAGUUCCUCUAGAUCAUUUUGCAACAUAUACGUCGCCGAAGUUUUUCAAAUUAAGAUACCUAAUAAACUCAAAGUACCAUGUUCGAGGAGGACCAGUGUUUGUCUACACCGGCAACAAUGGUGACAUUUCUAUUUUUGCUCAAAACACAGGAUUCAUGUUUGACAUUGCACCCGUUUUCAACGCUCUUCUCGUUUUCAUCGAACACAGGUACUAUGGACAAUCACUGCCCUUCGGAAAUGCGUCGUUCUCAACUCCAGAAAAUUUGAGGCAUUUAACUUCUACCCAAGCACUUGCAGAUUACGCAUACGUCAUAGACUAUUUAACAAGGAGCUUCUAUGAAAAUGUUAUGACCCAUGAUACUCAUCCAAUCGUUGCUUUUGGAGGAUCAUACGGAGGAAUGUUGUCCGCCUGGUUAAGAAUGAAAUAUCCUUAUUUAGUUGUAGGAGCUAUUUCAUCUUCGGCUCCAAUGUUCUACUUUCCUGGAAUGACAAACUGCGACUUAUUUUAUGAUAAAGUUACACAAGUUUUUGAGAAAUUUGGACACGAUCAAUGCGUCAAGACCAUUAAACUAGGGUGGGAUGUCAUCAUCAAUUUAUCGAAAACAAAAUUAGGAAUGGACUUUAUAUCUACUACAUGGAAACUAUGUGGAAGACUAAAGGGUGCUGAAGAUAUCGAAACAUUAUUGAAUUGGUUGAGCAAAGUAUACGUUAAUAUGGCAUUGGCAAACUACCAUUAUCCAACAGAUUUUUACACACCUUUACCAGCUUAUCCAGUGAAGGCAUUUUGCGACAAACUAACCACUUCAUACUUUAACGAUACGAAAGGUUUAAUAGAGCAUUUUAGUCAUGCCUUAGAGAUAUAUACCAAUUACACCGGAAAGCGAGUAUGUAACAAUAUAAAUAGUACAUACGAUGAUUACACCGAAUUUGCUUAUGAGUACCAACAAUGCACAGAACUCAUACAGCCUAAAUGUUCAACUGAUGCUGACAUGUUCAUAACCAAACCUUGGGAUUUCGAAAAAUACGCUAUGGAAUGUUAUAAGAAGUUCGGUGUUAGGACAUUACCUCCUGAUUGGGGUCGAAUAGCUUAUGGAGGAAAAAAUUUGAGAUACUAUUCGAAUAUGGUUUUCAGUAAUGGUAUAAUGGAUCCAUAUUCAUGUGGCGGCGUUACUGGUAAUAUGUCUGCCACAGUCUGGGCGUUUAAUAUUUCUGAUGCUCCACAGCACAUAGAUUUGAGAAACUCUGAUGUUGUUGAUAAUAAUUACGUCUUAGGGGCAAGAUCAUUUCACAUUAAUGCUAUUAAGCAGUGGCUAAAUAUGGCAUAAAUUUUAUUUACUUAGGAUGUAUAUUACUGCUAGUGGCGUAGCCAGUCUUGCGGUGAUACAUUUAAAGGGGCGCAACAUUUUUAUUUAGCAGAAAAAAAUAACACUUUGUAUAUUCUAAAGUAUUUUUAAAAUAUAUCUUGUUCAAAUCCAUAUAACUUUUAAUUCCAAAACUUGUUUGUGUAUCUAUAACACAUUGAUUUGUCGAGCAAUUAGGCACUAAUUGGACAUCUUGCAUAAUAUAUGAAUAUUCUCACGUAAUUUAUUACUAUUUCUAAUAGCAUUCGUAUUAUGUUGAAAUUAAACUUUUUUGACUUUACGUUAUUUACUUUUUAGUCGUAAUGACAUUGAUUGUCAAAGCCAGGUACAUAGUAUAUAACGUGUAGGCCGCAACAAGAAAUAUAGUAUACAACAGUUUCUCCCGUCCUUAGUUUUUCCC